AUGGUCGCUCAAGUUCAAAAACAAGCACCCAAAUUUAAAGCGUCAGGCAUUCGCAACGGUGAAAUAGUCGACGAUAUAUCUCUUGAUGACUAUAAGGGAAAAUACGUUAUUUUAUUCUGGUAUCCUAUGGACUUUACCUUUGUCUGUCCAACUGAGAUCAUUGCUUUUAACGAUGCCAUUGAAGAGUUCAAAUCUUUAGACUGUCAACUUAUGGCAGCUUCAUGCGACUCUGAAUUUGUCCAUCAUGCUUGGAUAAAAACACCUCGCCAACAAGGUGGUUUGGGUGUAGAAACACAUAUUCCCAUUAUUGCAGAUACAACGCAUUCGAUUGCUAAAGACUAUGGUGUCUAUCUUGAAGAUGUAGGCGUAUCUUUGCGUGGUUUAUUCAUUAUUGACACAAAGGGCAUUAUAAGACAAAUCACUAUCAAUGAUUUACCUGUGGGCCGAAGUGUUACAGAGACCAUCCGAUUGGUGGAGGCUUUCCAGUUCACUGACAAGCAUGGUGAAGUAUGUCCUGCUAAUUGGAAUAAAGGUGGUAAAACUAUUAUUCCUGACAAGGAAAAGGCAAAGGCUUACUUUGCUGACGAUGAUUGA